AUGGUGCAAUUGUUGCACUCUAAUAGGCUGUUUACAAGUUUGCCUAAUAAAUAUCCUCAAGUUCACAUCCAGAACUUCUUAGAUAUUAGCGAUACUUAUAUCACAAAUGAGUGCAUUCAAAAAUAUGUCAAGUUUGUCAAAGAUAUUAUGGCCAACAAGAGUAAGUUAGCUGAAUCUCAAACAGUGGCACUCAUUGAAGAGUGUAGUUCUAGAAUUUUGAGCAAAGUUAAGCUUCAAGCUAAACAAAUAGAUCCAGGUAGUUUCAUAGUAAAAGUAACUAUUUGUAAGUACUGUAAUACAAGAAGUUUCUGUGAUCUUGGUGCUAGUAUAAAUUUGAUGUCUAGAUCGAUGCUUAAGAAAUUAGGUUUGGGAGAACUUAAAGCAACCACCAUUUUUUUACAAUUGGUGGAUCAUUCAGUAGCUAGAAUUGAUGGUAUCAUUGAAGAUGUGUUAGUUCAAGUGGGAUCCCUUAUCUUUCCUAUUGAUUUUGUUAUAUUAGAUUUUGAGCCAGACCCUGAUGUUUAUUUUACCUUGGGGCAUCCAUUCUUAGCAACAGGUGGGGCACUUAUUGAUGUAGCUGCAGGUGGAUUGACUAUCAAAGAAUAUGAGAAAGUAGAGGUGUUCAAUGUAUAUCAGGCACUGAAGCUGCUUGUAGUCUAUGAAGAGUUGUCUGUUAUAAUUGUCAUUAAUGAGGAAGUCUCAGCUCAAUGCAUUUUAGCAAAAGAUUCUGUGGAAAUAGUCAUGAUGGGUCAAGAUAUUGAAGAAGACAUGGAAGCUAAAGAGUUAGCUAGUGUGCUUUAUAUGCAAAAUGGUCCUUCACCCAAGCCAUCUCUUGAAGAAGCUCCUAACUUGGAGUUGAAGCAAUUGCCAGCACAUCUCAGGUAUGCUUUUCUUGGAGUGAAUAAUACCUUACCCAUAAUUGUUUCGUCUACUUUGUCUGAGAUACAGGUUACAACAGCACUUGAGGUAUUAAAAAGGCAAAAGAAGGCAAUUAGAUGGCAAAUAGAUGACCUUCAUGAUAUCAUCCCUAUUUUGUCCAUGCGUAGAAUUUUCAUGGAAGAAGAAAUAAGGCUAAUGUGCAACCACAAUGCCGGUUGA